UAUGGCGGGGCUGAGCAGCGCCCAGAUCCCCGACGGGGAGUUCACCGCCGUCGUGUACCGGCUCAUCCGCGACUCCCGCUACGCCGAGGCGGUGCAGCUGCUGGGCGCAGAGCUGCAGCGGAGCCCCAGGAGCCGCGCCGGCCUGUCGCUGCUGGCCUACUGCUACUACCGCCUGCAGGAGUUCGCGCUGGCCGCAGAGUGCUAUGAGCAGCUGAGCCAGCUGCACCCGGAACUCGAGCAGUACCGCCUGUACCAGGCCCAAGCCCUGUACAAGGCCUGCCUUUAUCCAGAGGCCACCCGGGUCGCCUUCCUUCUCCUGGACAACCCCGCCUAUCAUAGCCGGGUCCUGCGCCUGCAAGCUGCUAUCAAGUACAGUGAGGGUGACCUUCCAGGGGCCAGGAGCCUGGUGGAGCAGCUGCUCAGUGGGGAAGGGGGAGAAGAGAGUGGAAGUGAGAAUGAGCCAGACGGUCAGGUCAACUUGGGUUGUUUGCUGUACAAGGAGGGACACUAUGAAGCUGCCUGCUCUAAGUUCUUUGCAGCCCUGCAGUCUUCAGGCUACCAGCCUGACCUUUCCUACAAUCUGGCACUGGCCUAUUAUAGUAGCAGACACUAUGCCCCAGCUCUGAAGCAUAUUGCCAAUAUAAUUGCCCGUGGCAUCCGUCAGCACCCAGAACUUGGUGUGGGCAUGACCACUGAGGGCAUUGAUAUUCGAAGUGUUGGCAACACUUUAGUCCUCCACCAGACUGCUCUGGUGGAAGCCUUCAACCUCAAGGCAGCCAUAGAAUACCAGCUGAGAAACUAUGAGGCAGCCCAGGAAGCUCUCACUGACAUGCCACCUAGAGCAGAGGAAGAGUUGGACCCCGUGACCCUGCACAACCAGGCACUCAUGAACAUGGAUGCCAAGCCUACAGAAGGGUUUGAGAAGCUACAGUUUUUGCUCCAACAGAACCCCUUCCCCCCAGAGACUUUUGGCAACCUCUUGCUGCUCUACUGUAAGUAUGAGUAUUUUGACCUGGCAGCAGAUGUCCUGGCAGAAAAUGCCCAUUUGACUUAUAAGUUCCUCACACCCUAUCUCUAUGACUUCUUGGAUGCCAUGAUCACUUGCCAGACGGCUCCUGAAGAAGCUUUCAUUAAGCUUGAUGGCCUAGCAGGAAUGCUGACUGAGCAGCUUCGAAGACUCACCAAACAAGUACAGGAAGCAAGACACAAUAGAGAGGAUGAAGUUGUCAUAAAGGCAGUGAAUGAAUAUGAUGACACUCUUGAGAAAUAUAUUCCUGUGUUGAUGGCCCAGGCAAAGAUCUACUGGAAUCUUGAAAAUUAUUCAAUGGUAGAAAAGAUUUUCCGCAAAUCUGUGGAAUUCUGUAAUGACCAUGAUGUGUGGAAGUUGAAUGUGGCUCAUGUUCUGUUCAUGCAGGAGAACAAAUACAAAGAAGCCAUUGGUUUCUAUGAACCCAUAGUCAAGAAGCAUUAUGAUAACAUCCUGAAUGUCAGCGCUAUUGUAUUAGCAAACCUCUGUGUUUCCUAUAUUAUGACAAGUCAAAAUGAAGAAGCAGAAGAGUUGAUGAGGAAGAUUGAAAAGGAAGAAGAGCAGCUGUCCUAUGAUGACCCUGACAGGAAAAUCUACCAUCUCUGCAUUGUGAAUUUGGUGAUAGGAACACUUUAUUGUGCCAAAGGAAAUUAUGACUUUGGUAUCUCUCGAGUUAUCAAAAGCUUGGAACCUUACAGUAAAAAGCUGGGAACGGAUACCUGGUACUAUGCCAAAAGAUGUUUCCUGUCCUUAUUAGAAAACAUGUCAAAGCACAUGAUAGUGCUUCGUGACAAUGUUAUUCAAGAAUGUGUGCAGUUUCUAGAACACUGUGAGCUUUAUGGCAGAAACAUACCUGCUGUUAUAGAACAACCCCUGGAAGAAGAAAGAAUGCAUAUUGGAAAGAACACAGUCACAUAUGAAUCUAGACAGUUAAGAGCUUUGAUUUAUGAGAUUAUAGGAUGGAAUAUGUAG